GUACUAAAUGCCAAUUUUCUUAAUGGGAGGAGUAGAUAAUCAUAGUGAAUGCCCUUUUAAUGCCUGAGUGAGUGGAGCCAUGUACAACUCCACUAUUUAACUAUUUAUGCUAGGUGCAGUGAGAGACCCUGUUCUGUUACUGUCCAAGAUUGUAGUUGCAUGCAGCUUUCACCAUCACCAGUAUUCACCACCAUGUUUGCAUCAACCAAGUCUUCAACUCUGUCAUCACCUUUAUUCUCCCUCCGCAGAACCUCUUCCAUUUCCAAACCCAACUUAUUCAACCUCGUUCCGAUGAAGGCCACUCCUCUCAGAAACCUCUCUGUGUCCUCUAGCUUCCAAUCACAAAAUGGAUCACCACAGAAAUCAUCAAUUCAGGGGGGUGAAGCUUUUUUCAGGGGAGUGUUGGAAAAUAUGCAAUCUGUGUACUUGAACAGGAACCCUACUGCAAAGGCCAUAUUGGACCUUGUUCACUCUGCUGAUAACAACUCCAUAUGCUAUGAUCAUCUUGCUUUCAGGACAUUUGGGGUUAAUGGUCAUGGAAUUGACUCCAUGGCUAGUUUUUUCCUGGAUUAUGGCUAUACGCAGCGCGAUGAGUUGAGGUUUCCAGCCAAAAAGUUGAGGGCCUUGUGGUUUGCUCCUCCUUCUGAUUCACUUGCUGGAAGUGGCAGUGGCAUGAAUGGGCCAUUGCCCAGAAUAUUUAUUUCAGAGCUACUGGUAGAUCAGAUGAGUCCACAAACUCAGGAAAUAAUUCGGAAAUACACUGAAUCAUCUGGUAUUGGAAACAAGCACGCAGCUCUUGCGAGUUCCCUGGGACUUCUGACAUGGGAAAAGCCAUUAUAUUCUGAGUUUCAGCAAUUGGCAAGUGAAAGUGAGUAUGCUGCCUGGGCACUAGUAAAUGGGUAUGCGGUGAACCAUGUUACUAUAUCCACUCAUCGUCUGAAAACUCAUUUGAGGGAUAUAAAAACACUAAAUCAGUUUAUUGAAGAGAGUGGAUUCAGACUGAAUUCUGAAGGAGGAGUACUGAAAGUGAGCCCUGAUGGUCUUCUUCUGCAAAGUUCAACUGUAGCAGAUUCGGUUUCUUUCCAAUUUUCUGAUGGCCUAACUAAAUCAGUUCCGUGCUCGUACAUUGAAUUUGCUGAACGUCUGGUGCUGCCGCAGUAUAAAAAUUUGCCUGACACAGAGGUUAAAGAGUUCCAUAGGAGGGAUGGUUUUGAGGUAGCAAGUGCUGACAAGAUCUUUGAAAGCACAUCCAAGGAGCAAGUGAGCAGGGUAGGCUCAUAAGAGGAAGAUCUCAGGCUGAACCAUGAUCAUGUUAAUGUAAAUCCAUGCACUUUAUUCCCCUUAAUCCAAGACAUGGCAUUUUAUACCCCAGUUACAUUAUUGGAAUAUUGGAUAUCGCAUUGUUAAAUCGGUUGAAUAACUUCAAAAAGUUGUUUCCAGUAAAGUAAGUUAAUUAAGGUCA